AUGACCGCCGACGAGGUCACCAGUAUACGCAACGCCUCUGGGACAGACAAAAAGGACAUUAGGGAAUCCAAUCCGGACGAAAUUUCAGCGGAGGAUCGUGAUUUUGAUGCCGAAGAAAAACACAGCAAUGGAGAGUCUCACCAAUUACCAGAAUUGCAGCGGAGGCUCAAGAGCCGACAUUUGCAGAUGAUCGCGAUGGGUAAGCAUCUCGAGUUGAUCUUGAUUGCAUUUCUUCUGACAUAUCUCUACAUAGGUGGUGCCAUAGGAACAGGUCUUUUCAUUGGUACGGGAACUGCAAUCUCUACUGCAGGUCCAGUGGGCGCCUUGAUCGCCUAUACCUUCGUUGGAUCAAUUGUUUAUUCGGUCAUGACAGCCCUGGGUGAAGUCGCUACCUAUCUACCUAUUCCAGGAGCGUUUGCGACAUAUGCCAAUCGCAUAGUUGACCCCAGUCUUGGAUUUGCGAUGGGCUGGAUUUAUUGGUUUUCAUGGGCUUCGACUUUCGCCCUCGAGUUGACCGCGACAGGCCUUAUAAUUCAGUUCUGGGAUGACCGGAUUCCAAUGGCUAUUUUCAUUGCUAUUUUCUGGGUCGUCAUCAUUAUUCUCAAUAUGUUUCCCGUUAGUUUCUACGGUGAAAUAGAGUUUUGGCUCUCGAGCAUCAAGAUCAUCACCGUCGUUGGGUUCAUGAUAUUCGCCAUCUGCAUGAACGCCGGUGUGGGCAAAGAAGGCUAUCUCGGAUUUAGAUACUGGGUUCAUCCCGGUCCCUUUAUUCCUUACUUGAUCGAAAAUCCAAAACAGGAUGCUUUGGCUAAGUUCGUCGGAUUCUGGGCCAUUCUCAUCAAAGCCGGAUUCUCGUACCAAGGCACUGAGCUUGUUGGUAUUGCCGCGGGUGAAACCGCUAAUCCACGCAAGAAUGUUCCUUCCGCAAUUCGGAAAACUUUCUUCCGAAUUGUGUUUUUCUUUAUUUUCACUGUCUUCUUUGUCGGCAUUGUGGUGCCAUCUAAUGACGAGCGUCUGACCUCCGACAGCAAUGGUGCGGACGCGAAUGCAUCUCCGUUCGUUAUCGCCGCGAGACGAGCGGGUGUGAAUGCUUUGCCAAGUAUCAUCAAUGCGGUUCUCCUUACCGUGGUGCUCUCUGCUGCCAAUUCGAACGUUUACAGCGGCAGCCGAAUUCUAGUCGGCUUGGCUAACGAGGGCUUUGCUCCUCGAUUCUUCGCCAAAACAACCAAGCACGGUGUGCCAUAUGGCAGCGUCGGUUUCACUGCCCUCUUUGGUCUACUGGGAUUCUUGAAUUUGUCAAAUGCCGGAGCCACUGUCUUCAACUGGUUGAUGCAGAUCGCUGGCUUAGCUGGCUUCAUUACCUGGGCAUCUCUGAAUGUUAUUCACCUGGCAUUUAUGAGAGCUUUGAAAGCACGUGGAAUAUCGCGGGACACCCUUCCAUAUAAGGCUACAUGGCAGCCAUUUUUCUCUUGGUAUGGGUUAUUCUUCAAUGUCCUCAUCAUCUUCACCCAAGGCUUCACUGCCUUCAUUCCCACAUUCAGUGUCACCGACUUCUUCAUCAACUAUCUCAGUCUUAUAUUGUUCGUUGUAUUAUACGUCGGUCACAAAAUCGCUUUCCGCACAGAAUUCGUGAAGCCAAUUGAGGCCAAUAUCGACACUGGUCUAUGUGAAGACUGA